AUGAAUUUUUUCAGAAAAAACACAUUGUCCUCAUUUGUUGCGGCCGCGGAGUCAUCAUCGCCGUUAUUACGUCAAACUCAAAUCAGGCUACCAUUACCUGCAAAUACGUCUAAACCCAAGUUAUCACAUCCGACAUGA